CACCUCCACUCCACACAGAUGCAGUCCGUGAGCGUUUCACAUCAGCCUGGAUCAUUCUAACUACAACUUGUGCGUCUCAUGCAGACUUAAAUCAGGGCUUGCAGUGGACAUUCUGCUAUACUGGGUUUGGUAUUAUGAACAUGUGUUUUUUGCCAUGUUAAUAGCUCAACCGUUAACUAAGGAGAGAGGAGACCUGCUGUACUGGACAAACACAGACUGAGACCCCUCAGUGUCCUGUUCUGACCUCCUGGAUCAGGCAUGGGGAAAGUCUACUAUCUCAGUAAAAAUGUGGGACUCGGGCUGCUUGUACUGGCAGCAAUCGCUUUGAUUACGAUUAUAGCUCUGUCUGUCGCUUACGAUAAGGAAAAGGCCAAGAAUCAAGGCAAGCCAGGAGAUGGAGCAACUGACAGCACUAGCACGCCUACACCCACCACCACCCCUUUCACCUCAAAGGACCCCUGGGACCACUACAGACUUCCAGACUCCCUCAUUCCUGUCUCCUACAAUGUGACCCUGUGGCCUCGGUUGGAGCCCAACAUAGAUGGUCUGUACAUCUUCACUGGACAUUCAGUGGUGGUAUUCAGAUGUGAGAAGGAAACAGACCUCAUCCUCAUCCACUCCAACAAGCUGAACCUCACCACCUUCAAUGGACACCAUGCUAAGCUGAGUGGACUGGGUGAAGCCACUGCACCUGCUAUACAAAAGUCUUGGCUUGUGGUGAAGACAGAGUAUCUAGUUCUUCAGCUAAGUAGUAGACUAACUGUGGGGGCGUCCUAUGUACUUUAUGUUGAAUUUCAGGGGGAGCUGGCAGAUGACCUGGAAGGCUUCUACAGGAGUGAAUACGUUGACGAUGGUGUGAAAAGAGUUGUUGCGACCUCGCAGAUGCAAGCAACGUAUGCCAGGAAAACCUUUCCUUGCUUUGACGAACCAGCCAUGAAAGCCAUCUUUAAUAUCAUCAUCUUCCACAAACAAGACACUGUGGCUCUGUCCAACGGCAGGGAAAUUGGCACUACAGAUACCACCAUCGAUGGCGUGGCUGUCAAAAAAACUACAUUUGAGCCCACAGAGAAGAUGUCCACAUAUCUGCUUGCAUUUAUUGUCACAGACUUUGUUAGCAUUGAGUCAAACCAAGACAACGAUUUGUUGAUCCGAAUCUGGGCUCGAAGAAAAGCCAUAGAAAACAAUCAGGGUCAAUAUGCUCUCAACGUUACAGGGCCAAUCCUUCAGUUUUAUGAGCACUAUUACAACGCAACGUAUCCACUUUCCAAGUCAGAUCAGAUAGCUCUGCCUGACUUCAAUGCUGGGGCAAUGGAGAACUGGGGUCUGAUCACAUACAGGGAGACGGCCCUGCUUUAUGACCCCAUUCUAUCCUCCGCUGGAAACAAAGAGAGAGUUACAACUGUCAUCGCACAUGAACUGGCACACAUGUGGUUUGGCAACUUGGUGACUAUGCGAUGGUGGAAUGAUCUGUGGUUGAACGAAGGCUUUGCAUCAUACGUGGAGUACCUGGGAGCUGACCAUGCUGAGCCCACCUGGAACAUUAAAGACCAGAUUAUUCUGUAUGAUGUCCACAAAGUGUUCGCUGUGGAUGCCUUGGCAUCCUCUCACCCACUGUCUCGCCGAGAAGAGGAGGUCAAUGAUCCUUCUCAGAUCAGCGAGAUGUUCAACACCAUCUCUUACAGCAAGGGAGCGGCAGUGCUCAGGAUGCUGUCAGAGUUUCUCAGCGAGCCUGUUUUUGCCAAAGGACUCAGUUCUUACCUAAAUACAUUCGCUUUUGGCAACACAGUAUAUACAGACUUGUGGGACCAUCUCCAACAGGCAGUUGAAAAGACACCAGAUAUGCAUAUUCCACACACCGUCCAUGACAUCAUGCACCGCUGGACCCUACAGAUGGGCUUCCCGGUGGUCACUAUUAACACUCGGACAGGAAGUAUCACCCAGAAACACUUCUUGUUGGAUCCUGACUCGGUAGUGGACAGGCCCUCUCAGUUCAAUUACACAUGGUUUGUCCCGAUUAAAUGGAUGAAGACAGGUGUGGAGCAGCAACAGUAUUGGCUCCUUAAAAAGACAGACACCAACACUGAAAUGAGAGCAUCAGAAGGGGAGUGGGUGUUGGGGAAUACCAAUGCAUCUGGAUAUUUCAGGGUAAACUAUGACGCUGACAACUGGGAUCGUCUCCUCUCUCUGCUCAACACCAACCAUCAGAGUUUAUCAGUCAUCAACAGAGCACAGAUCAUAGAUGAUGCAUUCAACCUAGCAAGAGCUAAAAUAAUCAACACAACACUGGCCCUGAGAACCACCAAAUAUUUGUCCAAGGAGAGAGACUACACCCCCUGGGAGUCAGCACUGAGAAAUCUCGAAUACUACAUCUUAAUGUUUGACCGCACUGAGGUCUACGGAGCUUUACAGGCAUAUUUCAAGAAACAAAUACAACCACUUUUUGAGCACUUCAAGACAAUUACAGAGAAUUGGACUAAAGUACCAACGGGACACACAGACCAGUAUAAUCAGAUCAACGCUAUUGCAAUAGCUUGCAGUGUGGGUGUGCAGGGUUGUAGGGAGCUGACAAAAAGCUGGUUCAAACAGUGGAUGGAAAAUCCACAUCACAAUCCGAUCCAUCCCAACUUGAAAACCACUGUUUACUGCAAUGCCAUAGCCUUUGGUGGUGUGGAGGAAUGGGACUUUGCCUGGAGAAUGUUCCAGAAUGCCACUUUGGCAUCUGAAGCUACCAGGCUCAGGUCGGCAUUGGCCUGCACCAAAGCACCUUGGCUUUUGAACAGGUAUCUGGAGUACACCCUGGACCCAACUAAGAUCCGCAAGCAAGACGCCACCUCUACCAUCCAGUACAUUUCACGAAAUGUUGUGGGGAUGCCUCUGGCCUGGAACUUCUUCAGAGCAAAAUGGAGCUUCAUUUUCGAGCAGUACGGAAAAGGAUCAUUUUCCUUCUCUAAUCUUGUCAGCGGAAUCACAAAGAGAUUCUCUACAGAGUUUGAGUUGCAGGAGCUAAGGAAAUUCAAAGAAGACAACCUAGAUGGUGGUUUUGGCUCAGCCACCUUGGCCCUGGAGCAGGCUAUAGAGAAGACCAUAGCUAACAUCAAAUGGGUGACGGAGAACAAAGCCACUGUGAUGAAGUGGUUUACUGAGGAGUCCUCAUGAGAACACCUAGAAAGUCAAAAUUGACUGUCAGGGAUAUGUAAUGAAUGAAAAUCACUAUAAUCAUCAGGUACAAUAAAUACCCAUUCUUAUUCUUUGUGAUUGAUGUAACAUAAUACCUCACUGGACAUCAACUUCAGUGCAAAAGAACAGACACAUGAUCAACACUGGAUCAUAUGUAUCACUAGAUCAGCAACAUAGUUCUUAGUUGAGUUGCACUCUCACCUCUAAUCUGUGAUCAUCAAAGAGAAAACCAAUGUAACAAAAGAAUAGCUUUACUUGCAUAACAUUUAUUUUUACUAUCAGAAAAGUAUUCAUUUAUGUUGCUUCCAUUUCAUAUUACGCAUUGCUGCUUUCAAUGAUGUAUGCAGUGCAUUUAUACCAUAAACCCAGGGUAUUGAUCCACUAGUAGCAUAACAUCAGAGCUACUUUAAUAUUUGGCAUUAAAGUGAACAAUCAUGAUAGCUUUUAUGCAAACUUAAUUCUGUAUAUCAAAUGGACUGCGUAAUAGUUCAAUAAAAUUGUGUGUGU